AUGGAGACGUGCGUGCUGAUACCGCAGGAGCUGUCGCUGGUGCUGACGUCGGGCGGCGGCGGCGGCGGCGGCGGCGGCGGCCCGCUGGACCGCAACGCCAACAAGCUGCCCGAGAUGCGCGUGCACGUGUGGACCAACGCGCGCGUGCCGCAGGGCGCGCUGCUGCACCCCUUCCAGGGCACCAUCCGGCUGGACAAGCUGGAGGUGUACAGCUACCUGGACGACAACGACAUCCGGCAUCGGUUCGGGUGCUACGACGAGAUCACCGAGGUGGACCGCCGGCGGGUGCGCCACUGCAACUGGGUCCGCUUCCUCAGGGCCACCUCGGCCUACAGCGACGAGGUCAACAUCAUCGGCACCAAGGUCAAAGGGGAGCCGAUAUACGAGGCCGUGCGCACCAUCCCCGCCAACACGGAGCUGGUGGUGUACUUCCUGCCCGAGCGGCCGGAGGAGGUGUUCUUCAUGCCCGCCGUCCACUACCUGCGGAACUCCCUGUACCGGCGGACGAUGGACACCAUCCUCGAAGACUCGCCGCUGGACCUGUCGACGUCGCUGCUGUCGCGCGUGCUGCUGCCGGCGGCCGGCUCGCCGCCCAGCGACGCCUCGGACGAGCGCAAGUCGCUGUCGGGCGAGUCGUCCACGUCGUCGGAGGCGCUGCUGGAGCGCUGCGCGGCGCUGCUGCGGCACGGCGCGGCCGCGGGCCCCCGGCAGCAGCAGCAGCUGCAGCAGCUGCAGCAGCAGGGGCGGCCGCACCGGCCGGCGCGCGGCGAGCGCACGCUGCUGCCCUGCGAGGUGUGCGGCAAGGCCUUCGACCGCCCGUCGCUGCUCAAGAGGCACAUGCGCACGCACACGGGUGAGAAGCCGCACGUGUGCAUGGUGUGCAACAAGGGCUUCUCCACGUCCAGCUCGCUCAACACGCACAGGCGCAUCCACAGCGGCGAGAAGCCCCACCAGUGCCAGGUGUGCGGGAAGCGCUUCACGGCCUCCUCCAACCUCUACUACCACCGCAUGACGCACAUCAAGGAGAAGCCCCACAAGUGCGGCCUCUGCUCCAAGUCGUUCCCCACGCCCGGGGACCUCAAGUCGCACAUGUACGUGCACAACGGCUCCUGGCCGUUCAAGUGCCACAUCUGCAACCGCGGCUUCAGCAAGCACACCAACCUCAAGAACCACCUGUUCCUGCACACGGGCGACAAGCCGCACGCGUGCGAGCUGUGCCACAAGAAGUUCGCGCUGGCCUGCAACCUGAGGGCGCACAUGAAGACACACGAGGGCGACCCCCAGGAGGAGUGCGUGCGCUGCGGGAAGGCGUACCUGUCGUCGACGAGCCAGGUGACGCGCGGCUACUGCGGCGCCUGCUACGCCGCCAACCAGGGGCUGCCCCUGGUGACGGCCGCGGCGUCGCUGCGCUCGUCCGGCGACUCGGGCAGCGAGGAGUCGUGCACCACGGGCACGGAGCGCGACGAGGACAGCUCGGGGCAGCCCGAGUGACGUGGCCGCUCCUCUCUGCGACACUGCGGGUUCGUCCACUCGGGCGGCGAGGAGUCGUGCACCACGGGCACGGAGCGCGACGAGGACAGCUCGGGGCAGCCCGAGUGACGUGGCCGCUCCUCUCUGCGACACUGCGGGUUCGUCCACUCGGGCGGCGAGGAGUCGUGCACCACGGGCACGGAGCGCGACGAGGACAGCUCGGGGCAGCCCGAGUGACGUGGCCGCUCCUCUCUGCGACACUGCGGGUUCGUCCACUCGGGCGGCGAGGAGUCGUGCACCACGGGCAAGGAGCGCGACGAGGACAGCUCGGGGCAGCCCGAGUGACGUGGCCGCUCCUCUCUGCGACACUGCGGGUUCGUCCACUCGGGCGGCGAGGAGUCGUGCACCACGGGCACGGAGCGCGACGAGGACAGCUCGGGGCAGCCCGAGUGACGUGGCCGCUCCUCUCUGCGACACUGCGGGUUCGUCCACUCGGGCGGCGAGGAGUCGUGCACCACGGGCACGGAGCGCGACGAGGACAGCUCGGGGCAGCCCGAGUGACGUGGCCGCUCCUCUCUGCGACACUGCGGUCGUCCACUCGGGCGGCGAGCGUGGCACAUGUUCGUCACGCCCGCUUCACAAGUGUUUUGUCCGACAACCCAGAAGUCACGCGAGUGCGUCCGAAGGCUGGAAUUACAUUCACCAGUUCAGUGGUGGCCUUCAACUUGAUCAAAACAUUUUCACUAUUCAAAUUUUGAAGAUAACUGUGGUACUUAUGGUGAGCCUCUUUAUUUAAAUAUACAUAUAUAGGUACAUUUUCUCACAUGUUCAGAAAAAUUCAAAGUCUCACACAAUAAGCUUACCAAAACACUUUUUAAUCAGUAAAGAUAUGUCUUUAAUUAAUAAAACGAGCUUACGGUUAUUUUCCUUGUGAAAAUAUUAAUUUAAGUAAGAACAAACACUGACUAAGAUACGUUUUAAUUGGCGUCUCUGGUCACACGAAUGUUUAAGAAUCUUAUUAACCUGACAUUACGAAAAGACUCCGUGCGUGUGUGUGCUUGUGUGCGAGGGGACUAGAAACCUGAUAUAUUUAUUCAAGCUGAACUUUAAUAUAUUUUUUCCCCCUUUAGAUGACAACAAUUAACGGUAUAUAAUACGACUUGAAAGAUAAAUUUACUUAAUUUAUUGUUGCAACCGUUCUGAAUAUUUACUAGAAGGACACUUUGCAUAAGAGACAUACAUCUGCUAGUUUUUUUUUUUUUUUUUUUUUUUUUUUUUAGAAAAACUUAGCUUUAAAAUCAUGGCUUUUCAGAGAUACAAACUGGACUACUGUAAUUGCUGUGAGACUGUACAGAAUACUGUGAUGUGUUUGGCGUUUUGAUACUUGCAGAUCUUUGCAUUGUAAAUAUGUAGUUAAUACGCAAAGAGAUGCGCGCUGAAGACAUAUGGCCAGGUGGUGAGCGGUACUCAGUACCCACCGGGGCUUGAUGGACAAAUAUUAUAUGAACAAGCUCGUCGGUGAUUUAUAUUUUGCCUGAGAGCGCGCACCUAGCCUCCUCUUGGUUGGUUCCCAUUACCAGCUGUUGCAAAAUGGUGGUCGUGUCUGUAGCUGCAUACAUAUUUAUCUGUAUAUAUGUAACAUAGACUUUGUUUGCCAAAUUGCGUUUCUAUUUGAAUUUGCACAUACUUCUUGGCUGUUUAUGUAAAAAAAAUGGCGUUUCAUAAUAUUUACGUUUUAUUAUCAAGCUAAUUUUGUCAAUAUAUUGUAUUUAUAUUACAAUUUAUUUUUAUUUGGAACACAAUUGACACGACUACAAAUUUCCAAUAAAAACAGUUGUUUAUUUAACUUUUUAAUUCAGUAAUUGAUACUGCAUUCGUGACACACUUAUCAUGACAAACAUCAGCAGCAUUAAUUAAAAACAUUUUCGAUUAAUUUUUGCUUUUGCAUCUCAAUCCAUCAUAUUCAGUACUUCGGAACUGGAAAUUUAACUAUCCUCUGUUGUGCAAUGUGUUUUCACAAGAUGGUUUAUUCUCAAUUGCCAAGUUUCCCAGCACAAAAAAAAACUUUAAUGGUAAUAAUUGGUGUAGUAUCUACUGACCAAACAAAUAUCAAGCAUUUAUCUGUUUUAACUGAAGUCUACAAAAAAUUAGUUUAGUCCACAUGAAUGAUUGGUGUUACUCAAUCUACGUUCCUGUCGCAAAGACGUGAGUUCAUAUUUUUACGUCAAACGUAAAUAUUCAUCACUUUGGCAACGUAACCAAUCGUUCUCUAUAGAUCUUGCGCAAAUCUAUUAUGUUCGUAUGUUAAUCAUAUAAACGUGAAGAGAGUCAAUUCACUUCAGCGAUACACGAUCAGGCCAACUAUGGCAGCACGUUUUUACAUAGUACCAGACCGUAGGAAUUCAAUGAGUCCAAAAAUAGCUAAAUUCUAUUUUUUCACAUACAUUACAGCAAUGCAGCUGUGUAAAAUGGUCUAGUAACGAACUAAGUAUUUUCAGAUUUUUUAAUUCAAAUUCUAAUCAAAAUUAUACAAAUUCUAAUAGUUCUUACUUAUUUCACAAAAAAUAAAUUCAAGUGUAUUUAGGCAAAUGCAUUAUUGCUCACUUAAUAGAAGAAGUGCGUAAGAGUCUGGGAUUAACAUUUUGCACAGAAAAAUAAUUUUAUGAUAUUAAAAUGUCUGUACUAUUUAAUUCUUUGUUACUAGACCUGUAGGACUGAUAUAUUUGACGUGCUAAUAAUUCAUAUUUAAUGAGAAAUAAACUGGCAUUGCUGAAGAUCAACUUCAAUCUUAAAUUAAGGAAUUUGGUCACAUGUAUUUAAACUAUUAGAGUAAUUCUAAGAAUCUUGCUAAUCUAUCCUUGUAUUUAGUU